GCGCAUGUGCAAUUCAUACGCGACGCUAACCACGCAAAGUUACAUUCAUUUUGAAUUCUGUCUGAACCACAAGCGGACGUUAAGGGUGAUGCUGGUGGAGAGUUCACAGUUAGGACACUGAUUAGAAGUGGAAAGGGAGGAUGUUUAAAGAUUUGAAUUUUCAAUAAUAACUGGGAGCUGAACAGAAGUAGAAUGGAAGACGGUCAAAGACCGACGGAUGACAGUGACACACAGAGUGGGGGAUGUACCCCAGCAGACCGCAGAACAGACAGAGAUGGAGACACGUCAUUAGACGUUGAACAUAUGGAAGCUGUAGGUAUUGCCAGGGGCAGCCCACAAGGAGCAAGUGAAGGACCAGGCAUGGAGGGUGCAGAAAACAGGGAUGUUGAUGAAGAGAGUUGCGGAUCUAGUGAUGACAGAGACGAGGAAGAAGGGGAUGGGAUACAAGACAUGUUACAACUUGGAGCACGUGCUGAAGCGGUCAAAUUCCAGACUGUUCAUCAACAGUCAUAUCAGCUUGCAGGUAAAGAUACCAAGUCACUAGUACAACACAUUGUGGGAUGUUGUCAGCCAGCACAGGGAGAAAUAACAUCAGCACCACAGCAACAACAGCAACUCCAACCAGGAUCAGGUGGUGAUGAUGAUGGUGACGGUGAUGGUGAUGGAAGAACAGAUCAGGCACACCUGUCCACAAGUACAACUUGUGUAGUUCCGAAAACAAGUCCACAGGUCCCGGGAACAUCAGCCCUGACACCACCGUCAACAUCGUCUCUUCUGUCCCAAAUACCAGGAUCUCUUGCAUCACAGAUACAGUCUGGGUUGCCUGAAGUACCAAUGACUGGGGACUCUAUUAGAGUCACGCUAAGUUCACAACCUUAUGUACAAGUCACGUGGUUUCUGUUACAGGACUUUGGUACAUGUGACAGUGGUCAUGUGACAGUGAAGGGAGGCAAGAAUCUGAACAUUGGCGGAACUCAGAAUGUCGGUACAGCUCCGACCAACAAAGAGGAAGAAGAGAAACCACUGACUGCAGCACAGAAGAUCAGGAAGAGGACGGCAUCCAGGAUACAGUCAUGGACGAAAGACAUAGUGGAGACAGCCGCCCUCAAGAAAGUGAAAGAGAAGCUGGACAGAGGAGCGACAUGGGUGACAAUUAAAGGAAGACCAGGAGAGGGGAAGUCCACAACAGCCUACAUGGUUCUCAAAAACCUUGAUAGUCAGGGGAGACAAGUAUAUCAAGUGGAGUCACCAGAAGAAUACAGCGAGGUCAUAAUGGCCUACAAGAACCCUGUAAUUAUGUUAGAUGACAUAUUCGGUGAUCUGGAAUUCGAUGCAGCUGAGUGGGCAAAGUGGAGACCACGUCUACGACCUAUGGUGGAUGUUAAACAUCCUGACACAUAUGCAGAAAAAGAUGUUUUGGGCAUUUCUACUAAAAGUGAGAAGGUUUCAGAGAUGACCAAAGUUGAUCAAACAGAGGUGAAACAAGAAACUAUCAUUAUCCUCGUAGGUCGUGACUAUGUGCUGAAAUCCUCAUUGGCAGACUUGGGAAGGAUGGCAGAUUACAUUUCCAGUCCCCAAUAUGUGGUGGAAGUUUCCUCACAGAGAGCCUCUUAUGAGCGAAGGAAGAUAUGGCGUGUUCAUGCUGAAGCAAAAAACAUAGACAUCGAAGAGUCAACUGUGUCUCGGAUAUGUGAGGCAGACUGUCCACACGGCUUCCCUCAUGUCUGUAAAAUGUUUGUCGCAGCAUAUGAAAAGGAUUGGACUCAGCUUCAAAUGCAAAUGUUUUUUCAAGCGCCACUGGAUUUCCUCAGCCAAACUUUGAAUAGACAUUUGACAGAUAAGAUAAAGCGUUCACUGUUCAUGGCUAUGAUUAAAAGAGAUGGAAAGAUUAGUGGACAAGAAAUGGAGGAGGAUGAUAACUUCGGUUAUGAAUACAUAGCAGCUGCUGAUAAUAUGGUUGGAUCUUACCUCAAGAAGGAAGAUGACACCUACGUGUUUGAUCAUCCGUCUAUAUAUGACAGUGUUUCCUUUAUUCUCAGUACAAAACAACCAAAGUUUGUCAUUGAAAAUUGUAGUUUGUCCUUUAUAAAUCAGCGACUUCGUCUUACGCCCUCCACAGCAAGAGAGGGACCUACAUUUUGUGCUGAUGUGUUACUGAAGAUAUUAGACAGUAUUUUGUUCGUGUACACAUUCCGUAAAGAUGCCAAAUUAAAAAUAUAG